AAAGCGUAAUACGGUAAUGAUACGACAACGUUUUAUUUGGUAAAGUGGUAAAAUUGGCCUUGGCUGCACCACUUUAAUCCGUUUAAAACACGUAUGGCAUGGCAUCCGUCAGGGAGCUUAGUAACGGACAUGGCAAGAGACUCAGAUUAUGGAGCUUUCGUGGAGAAGUUCCUGCUCCAACCAAGCUCUUCACCUCAUGAGCUUCCCUUGAAUUCCCUCACCUUUGCCGUUAAAGACAUAUUUGAUGUGGAUGGAUAUGUGACUGGGCUUGGAAAUCCUGACUGGUCGAGAACUCAUGCGGCUGCCACAUCAACAGCCCCAGCCGUUUUGGCCGUAUUAAGGGGAGGUGCUACAUGCAUUGGUAAAACUGUAAUGGAUGAAAUGGCAUACAGUAUAAAUGGAGAAAACAUACAUUAUGGAACACCUAGAAAUCCAUGUGUGCCUGAUCGGGUACCAGGAGGAUCUUCCAGUGGGUCUGCUGUUGCAGUUGGUGCAAAGCUUGUAGAUUUCGCCUUAGGAACCGACACUGGAGGAAGUGUAAGAGUACCUGCAUCAUAUUGUGGAAUUCUGGGGUUUCGGCCUUCACAUGAUGCCAUCUCUACUGCUGGAGUUAUUCCCAUGGCACAAAGUUUUGAUACAGUGGGAUGGUUUGCCAGGAACCCUGUGAUUUUGAAUAGAGUUGGACGAGUAUUAUUGAAUUUACCAGAUGUGGAUCCUGUUAAACCGACUCAGAUAAUUAUUGCUGAGGAUUGUUUCCAGCUUUCAACCAUUCCAAGUGAUCGAGUUUCUCAGCCUCUUAUUAAAUCAGUGGAAAAGUUAUUUGGGGGUCAUCUUCUAAAGCAUGCAAUCCUAGGGGAUUAUGUCAAGGACAAAGUUCCAAGCUUAAAACCCUUCUUGAGUGGAGGAAAGGCAGAUCAAGAGCAUAAUAUACCAUCUUUAGCUGCACUUUCAAGUGCCAUGCGGUUACUCCAGAGGUAUGAAUUCAAGAUUAACCAUGGUGAGUGGGUUUCUACUGUCAAACCUGAUCUGGGUCCUGGGAUAUCAGAGCGGGUAUGGGAAGCUCUUAAGACAACGGAUGUCAAUGUGGAUAUCUGCCACUCAGUAAAGACUGAAUUACGGGCCGCUCUUAUUGCUCUUCUAGGGGAUUUUGGUGUCCUAGCAAUCCCCACAGUUCCAGGGCCUCCACCAAAAUUACAAACAGAUCCAGCUCCAUUGGAAACAUUCCGUGCAAGAGCUUUUAGCUUGCUCUCAAUUGGUGGGGUAUCUGGAUUCUGCCAGGUGAGCAUACCACUAGGUCUGUAUGAUAAUCUUCCUGUGGCAAUAUCCUUGUUGGCCAAACAUGGUUCAGAUGGGUUCCUGCUUAAUCUUGUCAAAACUUUGUAUGACACUCUCGAAAAAGAGGUUGGAAUUGCUGAGAGAACGAGUUACUGAACUCUGUCUCAUCUGAUCACAGUCUCAUCCUAAGAUUUAAUUGUAAGUCCUAUAUCCUGCUCAAAAGAUAUUAUUAUACCGGGAAAAAGGUUCAGCUUGCUUGCAGUUUUUGUGCCACAUAGGCUUCUCCUUGGAACUUCUCUAAGGGACUCUGAAAGGUAACUGAUAACUACUUGAAAAUUGAUUUAUUGCACAAAAAACUGCAGUCUCAUUUCCAACAGAAUGGAUUAACCUCAGAGACCAGGACUUUCUCCGGUUCUACUUUCAGUUCGAGAUGAUCAGGGAAUGUUGCCCUUGCCCAGGGAUGUUAGAAUUCCUUUUCUGUUAAGAGUUAAUGUUGCAGAUUUAAAAGUUUGUCUCUAUAACUUAGCCCAAAAUCUAACAUAAUACUGGGAUUAUAUUGAAUCAUGUUGACAAGUUGGUACAGUAUUGAUCUAUCUGAAAACCAACACAUGUUUGUUUAGAA